AUGGCUUCGGAACCGCUCCAACCGACGCGGUCGUCGUUCUCGCGCCAGUCGACGUGGUCGUCGCUCUCGCGGUCCGUCUCGGGGGUGCUCACCAAGUCGGUCUCGGACGCCCGUCUCACCAAGUGGCUUGCCAAGCCGUUUGAAGCGACCGACGAGUUUACCGGGGACGAGACGAUCCAAGCCCUCAAGGAGUGCUUGCAGUGCCCGAUUUUGGGUUUUUGCCUCCUGAAGCACGUGCUCUCGGCCGUGUACUUUUCGGUUGUGACCAUCUCGCUCGUCAAUAUGACACCCAACGAAGCCGCAACCAUUCAGAUAUAUUCGCCGUCGGCCUCGAUCGUCUACAGCCUAAUCGCUGCCGUGUGCCACGGCUACACCAUCGUCGAGCUCAUCUCUCAGCUCGUCUGGCGCUCGGAGCCAAAAGCACAAGCGCGUCCCCGCUUUGGGCUGUUGCGCCAGUGCUUUGACCGUGUUCAGCAGUCGCGCACCUCGACGUGCUGGUUUCAGCUGCUGGAGAUCAGUGCGCAGUCGUACCAAGCAUGGAGCCUCUCGUACAUGGUGUCGUCGAUGCCGGUCGUCGCUCUCUACACGGCGUGCAUUGCAAUCAAUGCGCUCCUCUCGCCCUGGUUGCUCUGCUCCCGCAUCGCCUAUGUCCACAGGACCCUCCGCCUAUUCAUUAACGGCAUCUUUGGGUUUACACUCACCACUGGAUUUCCUCUGGUCGAGCUCGUGCCCCGGCUCUUAACGAGACGCGCCAUGCCACGCGUUCAACUCUCACAACUCCGAAACGACCCGAUCUGGGUCACAACCAUGGUGCUGUACACGCGCGGGUUCAGCUCGACGACUGGCGUUGGCCUCGUUGUCAAGAUUGUGAGCACCGGUCUCAAUUUCUGGACGCUCCGGCUUCUCGUGUCGUCCAUCUGGGAUACACCCAAGCGCAAGCCUGCGUCGUUCAAGCUAGGUCCUCGCGCGAGCCAAAUUUUUCCGUCCCCCGUAAAAGGGCCCACCGAGCACGAGAUGCCGUUGCGACGCAGCUCCCGCAUCGCGUCGCUCUCUCAGCUGCCCCAAGCACGGUACUGGAAUUUUCAAAUCUCAGUCGCAGCCAAGAUGCUCUGUGCCAUACUGGGGGGCUGGGGGGCGUUGCUUCUCGUGGCCACCGGGCUCUUGGUCGCGCAGCCGUCCAGCGCUGCGUGUCCACUGGACUGUGUCCUUCACGUGACGCCGCUCUUUCGCCUCUCGUGCGACUGCGUCUACUACCGACACGUCUGCGAUGAGAACGCGAGUUCCAACCUCACCGCCUUGAUUUCACCGUCGCGCCUUGGAGAUGGUCUCUUCUACUUGGAAAUUGCCCAGUGCGCACUUCCAAGCGGACUCCCCCCGUCCUUCUUGCUGCCGUUUAAGUCGCUUUUGGCCGUGCGGAUUUUGUACUCGAACAUGACAGCGUAUGAUGGCGUCCUCCCGCCAUCGCUUUUGUAUUUAGAGAUUCGGUACUCGCAGCUCACGCAAGUGCCCGCGAUGAUCGCUUCCGCGCUGCCUCCCAACUUGAUUUACCUCGCCCUCGAUGGCAACACGAUCGCGCAUAUCCCGAGAGCGACGUUGCAAGCGUGGCACCCGUUGACGUCCUUGCAUCUCUCCGAGACGAGCAUUUCGGAUGCAGUUUUUUCUGCUAUCGUCGACGAGCUGCCGCAGCUCACAGAGCUGUCACUGCACCACACGACUGUCACCACAGUUCCGACACGGCUGUUUGAUAUGCCGCUGCUCACGCACGUCUACCUCUCGUCGACCGACAUUUCGACUCUGCGCUUCCCCCUUGACGCGGCGAGUCCCCUCUUGCUCUUUGAUGUGACGUGCACGGCGACUGUCCGCUGCGGGCUCUGGCCCGCGUAUGUAGUGCAAGGCCACAAUGCGACGUACUGCCCCUCGCCGACGCGUUCCGAAGCGUGCUCCCCAGCCCUAUUGGACAACCAUUUCUGUGACGCGCCGUGCGCGACGCCCAAGUUUGCAGACGACGACGGCACCUGCACCCCGUACUUCCGGCCGACGUAG